AUGGAAGGUUCAUAUCCCAUGCACCCAUCCCAAGCGAUGCAGUCCCCAUUCUUCUACUACAACCCGGAUCCCCAGGGAGAGAACGCUCGCCAACACGGACACUUCACACCCCACCCAUCAGGCCAGUCAACCUUCCAGCCGCAAGCCACUGUGUACUUCCAGCGCCCAUCAUCGGCCAACUCAGCACAUCCAGUACCCUCAGACCGCAUACGCAAGCCAGAUGUUGACUCCAGUUGCAUCUCCCCAGCCAAUCCCCAGGACUCGCCUUUCCUGCGCCCAAUUGAUACCGACUACUCAUAUGCGCCUGCCACUCCUCCUCUGUCCUCCACCGGAAGCAACAUGAGCAGCCCCCCAUCAGUCUGCGACUUUAUGCCAACUCCCAUCAACGGAUGCUUCCCUGGGGAGGGCAUUGAGGGCGUCAAGCAGGGCUGUGAGGGUGAGGUCUUCUCUGAGCUCCUUUCAGCUGGUAUUGAAUGGAGGUCCGCUUCCCCACCUAUGACACCUGUGUUCAUCCAGCCCCGUUCGGCUAGCCAGGGCUCCUACCUCCUUUCCGCAACAUCCUGCCCCUCGCUGUCCCCAUCACCUUCACCCAUUCCCCGCUCUCCAUUUGUUGAGGCCGAGAACAACUUCUGCAACCCCCGAGACUUGACCGUUUCCGCGUCAGAGUCUGUCCACUUCCCUGACUCUCUGCCCUGGAGACGAGGAGCACAAGGGAGUCCCCUCUUUGAGCUCGACUGCGAGGACGACUUUACUGGCCUUGCAUCAUACCAGCCAGCCGAGAACACCCAGUUCCUCGGCAGCAAGCGCCAGCGCACCGACCUCGUUGCCUUUACCUCUGAGGAGGAGUUUGUCAGCGACGCCAGCUUCACUGACUUUGAGGAAGAGCUUGUUCACGGCCUUCCCCUGACUCCUGAGAGCGACUGCUGCGACGACAUGCACGCUGCCUCUGCAUCUAAGAGGCGUUCAGCUAAGAAGGCUCGCUCUGAGUACAGUGACGCCGAGUCGGACUACCAGGGUCAAGCGUCCAAUGCCGACAACGCCAACAACUCCAGCUCUGAUGAGAAUGGCUCCACACCUGUUGCACCCACUAGCCGCCGUGGUCGCAAGCAGUCGCUUACUGAGGAUCCCUCAAAGACCUUCGUCUGCACUCUCUGCUCGCGCCGCUUCCGCCGCCAGGAGCACCUAAAGCGCCACUACCGCUCCCUGCACACCCACGACAAGCCUUUCGAGUGCACCGACUGUGGCGACAACCUGUCUCAGCACCAGCGCACACACGGCACCGGCGCCGUCGUCAUGGGCGUCCUCGACGGUUCGGAGAUGCCUCACGACAUGGCACAAUCUGGCAUGUUCAACCCGCAAAACCCUGCGUCGAUGGGUCAGCUCCUCUACAAUGCUGCCGAGAGCAUCUCAAGUUCAAGCUCUGACUCCUACUCCGACCUCGAGGCCUCUGCCAUCAACAAGAUGCGCAAGAGGAAGCGUGACGAGUAGAUGUCGUCUCCUGUUCUCCUUCAAGUCUUUAACGAACCAUCAUGACACCAGGCGACUACACGUCUACUAUCACGUCGUAACGCCGGAUCGGCUGGGUUAGACAAGCUCCAUCUUCGGCGGUCGGCGCGCUCUUCGGUCUGCGGUAGCAGCAAAAGUUGCCUACUUCUCUUCUUCAACUGUAUUCUUGACCACCAAUUUGGCUACACAUACCGUACAAGAUUGGCUUUUUCCUUCAUCUCUGGUUGCGCGUUUUUCAUAUGCAUUGCACAUUGCAGGCUCUGGGGGAUCAUGGUUUGGAGGGACGGAUUAGAAUUGGUUGGUGUUCAUUUGCGGGCUUGAUUUCACACAACCCUUUACGACGGCAUGGCCACAAACUCAACCGGCCAUCGUCGCCGCGUUUCUCUCUCACCCGUUCGCAUUUUCAUUCUGCGUUCAUACCCUCGUUGUAAUCGGCUGCGUUCUGCGCACUGCCAAACAUUCUGGGAAUUUCGAUUCUUUCAACCCACAACACGCACACAAACUCCAUCUGUAAUAUUUGGAUUGCCCUAUACUGCUUCUAAGCACAGCGUUUUCCUUGCGUUACAAAUCGUAGUAGAGUGCUGGCACGUCGAAUACACAUUUACCAAAAAUA